CUUCGAUUGCCAAAUUUGAGAUCUUUCAAUUUCUCGUGUGUUUUCGUCGAGAUCGAAACAUUGUAAAUGGAUUAGAAAUUUGGCCAACAGAUAAUGAAUUUGUAAUUGCAAGAUCUUCCGGGACGACAGCAUCGCAACGACAAAAUGAAAUUCAGUCUCUUUGUCUACGUCACGAUUCUACUGCCAUUAUUGAUUACCGCAACGUAUAGAGAAAUAAUUACCCUAACCUAUGAUAAAAUAUAUCGUUUAAAUUAUAUGAAUUACAUGGAGGGAGUAAGUUUCGACGACUACAAGACAGUGUAUGGCGAAGUCCUGAAUCGUUCAUUGCAGUUUUAUGAAGCGCAGCGUUCUGGGAAAUUACCAAAAGAGAAUAGGAUCCCAUGGCGAGGCGAUUCUGCAUUGCAUGACGUUGGUUUGGAGGGUGAGGAUCUAACUGGAGGAUACUAUGAUGGUUUUCAUUUUGUAAAGGUCGGUUUCACAAUGGCUUUCACGACGACAGUUUUGGCUUGGGGUGCGGUCAGUUGGCCGGGAGCUUUUAACAUCGCUAAUCAACUCGACGAAAUUCGUAAAGCUAUCAAAUGGGCUACCGAUUACUUCAUCAAAUGUCAUGUAAAGGAGAACGAAUUGUAUGCACAAGUAGGCGAAUUUUAUUUGAUUCAAGAUUUUUACGGGAGACCCGAGGAGAUACUAAAUACGAAGAGACGAGCCUACAAAAUUGAUCCGGAACAUCCUGGCUCUGAUGUCGCCGGCGAAACAGCAGCAGCUCUAGCAGCUGCGAGUAUCGUCUUCAGAAAAGUCGAUCCCGAGUAUAGCGCCAAAUGUCUCAAGCAUGCGAAAGAAAUUUACAAUUUGGCCAAACGUUAUCGUGGCUUUUUUGUGCACAAAGGGAUACCAGAUGAGAUAGAAUAUGAAACUUACAACAAUAGGAAAAUAAAAAGAAAAUUAUUUAAUAACACUGAUUACGGCGACGAGCUAGCGUGGGCUGCUAUUUGGAUCCAUAAGGCGGAACCACAUUUCGAUUAUCUCAAUGAUGCCGAAAAUCAUUACCAGGAUUUCCAUCUCGAGAAACGACCGAAUGAAUUUUUCUAUAACAACAAGAUUGCCGGAGUUCAGGUGUUGCUGGCUCAAUUAACAGGAAAGUUGAAAUAUAAAAAAGCUGUUAUCGAUUUUUGCAACUUCUCAGUGCAUAACCAGACACGCACGCCUAGGGGUCUUUUGUAUAUCGAUAAAUUAGGUACUCUUUCUCAUGCCGCUAAUAUAGCCUUUAUUUGCUUGGAAGCUGCGGAUUAUGAAAUUGGUUCCUCACAUCAAUAUUAUAAAUUUGCCAUAGAACAGAUUGAUUAUAUACUGGGUUUCAAACUAGGAAGUAGUUACGUGGUCGGAUAUGGUGCUCGUAAUCCGUCACAGCCGCAUCAUAUUGCAUCUUCUUGUCCGACCAAACGGUACUCACACGAUCGGUGCGAAUUUUUCCGUUAUAAAAAUAAUAUACAGAAUCCGCACUUUCUUUAUGGUGCUCUAGUUUCCGGACCUGAUGAAAAGGAUAUGUUUUCUGAUUUUCGAUACUAUCCUCAGGAUACGGGUGUCAGGAUAGAUUAUAAUGCUGGUUUUACCUGCGUGCUCGCCAAACUGUUACAACUGCAUUCUUGGAGGUUGUGUAUGUCUCCUUCUAGUUAUGACAGGCUAUUCAAUCAAAUUAUUUCGUCAUAGCUGUAAUUGACAUAUAUAUUAGAAAUAUUUCAGUAUUUAGAAAUUAAAUAGACUCUUUGUCGUGUGUGCAUGAUGUUCUU